AUGAAAUCACAAUAAGCUCAUAAGAUAAAAAGAAAGUAAUUAAAGGUAUAUCGCUAAUAAAUUUUGUAGUGUAUUUAUGAUCCCAUGAAUGAAGGUGGAAAAAGAGGCAGUGCUAAAAUUGAUUAAGCCAAAUACUUGCCUAGAUCAUUAAUGAUUGCGGUCUUGGUCGGAAACGUUAUUUAGAUAUUUCAGGCUAAUGAUCUCAAAACAAUCCAAACUUUUUCCAGAAAGGCUCAUAUUUUCUGUCUCAAUAAUGCAGUUUACAAACCUCAUUCAGCUAGUGGAUAAACAAUGACUGCUGAUCAAAUCUGUGUUGCAACUACUGAUAAAUACUUAUUCUUUUAUGAGCUUACAACUACUAGCGGAUAAUUUAAGUUUGAGGAGGAGAGAAAAAAUGACAAAGGAAUGUUCAUCGCCUGCAAUCCCCUUCAUCUUUACUGGGAUGAUUAAUUGAUUUAUAUUGCCAGUAAAAAGGCUUACAUUAUUAUGCAGAAAGAAGCAGGGACGGUUCUCCAAUCUAUUCCUCAUGACAAACUGAGUUUACCUAUCAUGACCCUUUCAAAAACUAAAUGCCUUAUCCUUGCAAAUCCAACUGAGGCUUUGUUCUUGGAUGAAACAGGUACAAAGAAAUAAAUUGUCUUUAGGAUAGAUCAAACCAAGCAAAUAGUGACUAUAGUAAUGUAGGAGAUGUAUGUUCUUAUAAUUUACGAAAACUCAAUCGUUAUAUACAACGCUGCAACUGGAGAUUUCCUUGAAGAAAGAGGAAGACUAGAUCAGAAACUUAAAUAUAAGAAUGCAGUGGUGAAUUUCGCUGGGAAUGAAAUAUAUGCUUAUUCACAUCAUUCAUCAGGAGGUAAAAAUGUAGCAUUAUCUGAAGUUCAUCAGUUGAUGGAAAUUCCUCCCUAGGAUUAAAUUGAAUACUUGCUAUCUUAAGCCAGAAUUCAAGAGGCGAAAGAAGUUUUUUUGACAAAGGAAAAAAAAGAUUAAAAUUUUAACUAAAGACUUAAGUAAUUCAAUUUAGAUGCUGGCUGGGUUUAUCUGAAUGAAAAACUAGAUUUUGAAAAUGCAGUAUCUAACUUUAAGUAAACAGAUGUUGACCCAAGUGGAAAGCUAGAUGAUUUGAAUCGUAGACCAACAGUAUUCAUGUAAAAAAUAAGUAAUCUUAAUUUCUUUACCUAACAUUUCAUUAAAGUUGAGACUGUAAACAUGAAUUCUUAACAGAAGUUUAACUUGAUAGAAAAGCUAAAUAAGGCUAAGCUUGCAAUUAUUAGCAUGUUUGAGGUUUUAAAUGCUAAGUUUGUAGGAGAAAUUAAAAAGGACCUUGAUAAAGAAGUGAAAUUCUUGUAUAGCAAAUUUUCCUAGAUUGCUGGAUGCAUCAAAUAGGACAAAAAGGUUUAUCUGAAAGAUAUGAUUUCACUAGUCUAAACUAAUCUCAUGAAGCUGUACGUUGAAAUGAAAGAGAAAGACAAAAUAUAUCAAUUCUUUCAGAAUUUUCAAAGAUCGAUUUACUUAGAUGCUCGAGAACUUGAAGAGUAUGUAACGAAACUUAGAUCAGAUCCCAUUAACAGCAUUACUCUUGCUCUAGUUAAUGAAAAUAUUGAUAACUAUGCAUAAGCCCUAAAGAUAUGGUUUUAACUAAGAACUGAGGCCAUUAAUCAAACAGAGGGAUGUGAAAGAACAGUAAGCAUCCUUAAACAGAAAAAAGAUAUUAGUCUGAUUAAGCAAUAUGGGAAAUGGGUGCUUGAAACUAUUCCUAAAAUUGGUUUGACUUUGUUUACUGUUGAUCCAAAGACUGGAGAGUAGCCUGUAGAUAUGAAACCAGAUGAUGUCUUAGAGUAUCUAGAAUAAGUAGAAAAAGAAUCUCCGUAAAAGGAUGGAUUUUCAUACUCAGAAGCUUAUUUGGAAUACAUCAUUAAGACUGGAGAUGUUCCUGAUAGAUUCUUCACUUUAUUAGCCAGUCUAUAUAUCGAUAGACUUUUCAAGCUCUAGCCUCCAAAGUUUAAAUCAACUGAUAAGCAGACAGAGUUGAAAUUAUAUAAGGAAAAAUUAGACAACUUUUUGGACACUAAGACAUAAUAUAAGUAAGAUAAGUCUCAAAAUGACCAAUUUAGUUCAACUGUAUUGCUUGAGAAAAUUUCAAAUUCAUGGAUGACUGAUGAGUACAUUCUUCUUUUAAUUAAAGAGAACAGACACAAGGAGGCGGUUCAAAAAUUAGUUGACGAUGGGUAGUUUGAAAAAGCUUAGGAAUUUUGCCUAACUAGAGGUCUUUUGAAUACGCUAUUGACUAUCUACUUCUAGUAUUAUGAAGAGUAUAUUAAAAAGGCAAAAGAUGCAGACUCAGAUAAUAAGCCAGUGGACUCCGAUAAGUGCAGACGCUAGGCUAAGUAAUACAGCACUCUAGCCCUUAAGCUUAUGAGAAAUAACUCUGCUAAAAAUCAACUAGACCCUCUUACUGUAUUGAACCUAAUACCCGAAGAUUGGGAUCUAAUUAGAGAAGAAUGCAACCUAGUUUCAUUACUUUCCUCUAUCUUUGACCAUUAAUUAACAAUUGAAGAGAACUCAAAGAUUUCUAAAAACUUAUCACUGAUGGAGCAAUUAAAUGCAGAGCAUGAACUAAAUGAUCUUAAAUCUGCAUACCUUGUGGUAGGAGAAGAGAUGAUUUGCAAAGUUUGCAAUAGAAAAUUAAAGCCCAACAAUAUUAGAAUUUAUCCUAAUGGUGGAGUUUUCCAUCAAAGAUGCGCCAAAGAUCCAAGUGAGUGUCCUCUAACUAGAUAAAGAUUUGACUAGUCCAUUUCAAUUUCAAAUAAUAGACCAGGAAUCAAAAUCUGA